GUUCAAUUAUCUUUGUAUCUUCUGUUUCUGUGUUAAAAAUGAAUCGUUGAUAAUAUAAAUCCUCCUUUCCUCGUAUGUUUGCAAAAGGUGUCAUUUUGAUUGUUAUUACGAAGAGAUACGGAUAUAAAAACAGAGAUAUACGUAAAGAUAGUCUAUACGAGGUGAUAUUAUGUGUAUUAGUUUAAGGUUAACCAAUAACAUAUACGAACUCGAGCGAGUAAAGCACAGUCAACUGUUGCAAGUGCUAGUCACCGGUAAUUUAUUGUGAUUUUGAAAUGUAAUGGGAUAUUUACAUACCAAAAAAUAGUUACGUUUAUUUUUAACCGAAAAAUUGAUUAAUAAAUCAAAUGUCAUUAUGGAUGGAAAAAUAAAAAAAGAAAGAAAAAAACAUCCUAGAGAAGGAGCAAAUCCUCUUAGUAUUUUAACAUUUGCAUUUACGCUUCCUAUUUUUUGGAAUGGUUCUCGUAAAGAUUUAGAAGUAAGUGACUUAUACAGACCUCUCAAAGAGCAUAAAAGCAGUUAUUUAGGAACAAAGAUAUCAAAAACAUGGCAAAAGGAGUACAAAGCUUAUGAAAAACAAAAGUUGCUAAAUGAAAAGAAGGGAAAAUACAAUCAAAAAAAAUUAAAGGAGCCUAGUUUACUAAAGGUUCUUUUCAAAUGUUUUGGAUUUCAAUUACUUAUAUAUGGAAUAUUUUUAGCGGUUGCGGACAUUGUGCUUAGGGUACUGCAACCUUUAUUUCUUGGUCGACUCUUGAGAAUGUAUAAUAGUGACAAUGCUUUAGAAGGAGAAAAAGAAAAUGCCUAUUUAUAUGCGGGUGGUAUAAUACUAUGUUCAUUUUUAUUGUUAUUUGUUAGUCACCCGUACAUGAUGGGGGUACUUCAUAUUGGAAUGAAGUUACGCGUGGCUUGUUGUACAUUGCUAUAUAGAAAAGCAUUGAAGCUUUCAAGAACUGCUUUAGGAGACACAACAGUGGGACAAGCAGUGAAUCUUUUGUCUAAUGAUGUUAAUAGAUUUGAUAUAGCAAUAAUAUAUAUACAUUAUUUGUGGAUUGGUCCACUUGAAACUAUCAUUAUAACAUAUUUUAUGUAUAGGCAAGUCGAACUAUCUGCUAUGUUUGGAGUUAUAGUACUUUUAUUAUUUAUUCCCUUACAAGGAUAUUUGGGUAAAAAGUCCUCGGUGUUCAGAUUAAAAACUGCUAUUAGAACAGAUGAAAGAGUCCGUUUGACCAAUGAGAUUAUUAGUGGCAUUCAAGCAAUCAAAAUGUAUACCUGGGAGAAACCAUUUAGUAAAUUAAUCGAAAGAGCUAGAAGGAGAGAAAUCAAUAUUAUACGAUAUAUGUCUUUCAUUAGAGGUAUUACCAUGUCUUUUAUUAUGUUCACUACAAGGAUGUCGCUUUUUAUUACUAUAUUAGCUUAUAUACUGUAUGGUCAUAAAAUUACUGCUGAGAAAGUGUUUAUGUUACAAGCGUAUUACAAUAUUUUACGUCUAACUAUGACCGUCUAUUUCCCACAAGGAGUAACACAAAUAGCAGAAUUAUUAGUUUCUAUAAAACGUUUACAAAAAUUCAUGUUGUACGAAGAACUUGAGGAAACGAGCAAGAAAACGGAAGAAUGUAAAAAUGAGAGAUCAAAAGAUGACCAAAAUGAUGUUAAUAAAGUAGAAAAAGAUACAAAUGAUGUGAAAAGUACAGAUGUCGAAACGAACAAUCAAACUGAAUAUAUUUUAUCAUUAAGAAAUGCUAAUUGCAAAUGGUUGGUGCACGAUCAAGAAGACACGUUGAAGAAUAUCAAUAUUAAUGUGAAAUCGGGCGAAUUAAUUGCUGUUGUUGGCCAAGUUGGUUCUGGUAAAAGUAGUUUGCUUAACGUCAUAUUAAAAGAAUUACCAUUGAACUCUGGCAUUAUAGAGAUAAAUGGUAGAAUCACAUAUGCUAGUCAAGAACCAUGGUUGUUCGCCGGCUCCGUUAGGCAAAAUAUUUUGUUUGGUAGAAAAUUUGAUCAAUACCGUUACGAUCGUGUAAUUAAAGUCUGCCAACUGAAAAGAGAUUUUACUUUAUUACCAUAUGGAGACAAAACGAUCGUCGGUGAAAGAGGAAUUAGUUUGUCCGGUGGUCAACGUGCUAGGAUAAAUUUAGCAAGAGCGGUUUACUCAGAAACAGAGAUAUACUUGUUGGAUGAUCCGUUGAGCGCCGUAGAUGCUCACGUAGGCAAACAUAUGUUCGAAGAAUGUAUCGUGAAGUAUUUAAAAGGAAAGACUAGAAUUCUCGUCACGCAUCAAUUGCAAUACUUACAAGCUGUAGACAGAAUUAUUGUUCUGAAAGAUGGAGCAAUCGAGGCGGAAGGUUCUUACGAAAAACUUGCUUCCAUGGGAAUGGAUUUUGGAAGAUUGUUGGAGAAAGAGAGCGAGGAGGAAGAACAACAACGAUCAUCUAAUCCACCAAGUAGGACUACUUCUCGACACGCUAGUGUAACAUCUUUGAGUUCUAUAAAAAGUAACACUAGUGAGAAAAAUGAUCCAGUCGAAAUAGCUGAAAUGCAGUCGAAAGGCAAAGUUUCCGGUGAAGUGUAUGCAAAAUAUUUCCGUGCAGGUGGAAAUUGGUGUCUGGUAGCUACCAUUGCUAUAUUUUGUGUGCUUGCACAAGGCCUCGCUAGUGGUAGUGAUUUCUUUAUCUCUGAAUGGGUCAACAUGGAAGAGAAAUACGUAAACGAGACGAACAACGAAGUGGAGAUAAAUUGGAAAGGUCCGUUAAGCCGUGAAUAUUGCAUAUAUUUGUACACCGGCUUAGUCAUUUCUACCGUUAUAAUUACUUUCAUACGUUCAUUUACCUUCUUUACGACAUGUAUGAAAGCAUCAAUUAGAUUGCAUGAUCGUAUGUUCCAAUCUUUGAGUCAAGCAAGGAUGAGGUUUUUCAAUACCAACACGUCUGGACGUGUUCUUAAUAGAUUUUCAAAGGAUAUGGGCGCUAUCGAUGAAGUAUUACCAAUAGCAUUAAUCGAUUGUAUACAAAUCGGCUUGUCCCUCCUUGGGAUUGUAGCUGUUGUUGGAGUAGCUAAUUAUUGGUUACUAAUACCCACCGUGAUAAUCGGAAUAGUUUUCUACUAUCUUCGUGUUUUCUAUCUGGCAACUAGUCGCAGUGUCAAACGUCUGGAUGGAGUUACUCGAUCCCCGGUCUUUGCACACCUCAGUGCAACCUUGGAAGGAUUGCCAACAGUACGUGCCUUUAAUGCCCAAGAAAUUUUGACGAAAGAAUUUGAUGAACACCAAGAUUUACAUUCAUCAGCAUGGUACAUAUUCAUAUCUUCUUCAAGAGCGUUUGCAUUCUGGCUGGAUUUCUUCUGCGUUAUUUACAUCACCUUGGUUACUUUGAGUUUCUUGCUACUAGACACUGCCGCGGGGAAAGGUAACGUGGGUUUGGCCAUAACGCAAAGUCUCGGAUUAACUGGAAUGUUCCAGUGGGGUAUGAGACAAAGUACCGAGCUAGAAAAUCAAAUGACUUCAGUAGAACGUGUAUUGGAGUAUACCAAUUUGGAGAGCGAACCACCCUUCGAAAGCACGCCGGAUAAAAAACCUAAAGAAAAUUGGCCAGACGAGGGUAAAAUUGAGUUUCAAAACGUAUCGAUGAGAUAUAGUCCAACCGAGAGUCCGGUAUUAAAGAAUUUGAAUAUCAUGAUUUAUUCGCACGAAAAGAUAGGAAUUGUUGGACGAACAGGUGCUGGAAAAUCAUCGCUAAUAUCGGCAAUUUUUCGCCUUGCGUAUCUCGACGGUGUUAUCAAAAUAGACGGUGUUCCGAUUCACGAGAUUGGACUUCACGAUUUGCGUUCAAAGAUUAGUAUAAUUCCUCAAGAACCCUUCCUAUUCUCGGGUUCGUUGAGAAAGAAUUUAGAUCCUUUCGAUAAUUACAACGACGAUGAACUUUGGCAAGCAUUGGAAGAAGUUGAAUUGAAAGAAUAUAACCUACAAUCUCACAUUAACGAAGGUGGUUCUAAUCUGAGCGUUGGACAACGUCAAUUGGUCUGUCUGGCACGCGCGAUAAUAAAAAACAAUCCGAUCCUUGUUCUUGACGAGGCAACUGCGAACGUCGAUCCACAAACCGACGAGCUUAUCCAGAAAACAAUUCGUGUAAAAUUUGCCAAAUGUACAGUUCUCACUAUUGCCCAUCGUCUCAAUACCGUGAUGGACAGCGAUCGAAUUUUGGUUAUGGACGCCGGUAAUGCAGUGGAGUUCGAUGCUCCUCACGUGUUGAUUCAAAAGAAUGGACAUUUGAACAGUAUGAUAAACGAAACGGGGCCGGCAAUGGCAGAAGUUUUGAAAGAAAUUGCACGCCUAAGCUACGAAAAUCGAACGUCGACCACGCUUUGAUGAACUUCAUAACCUAUUCACGGAAUGGAAUUGAGAAUCCAUUCUUCUCUUCGAAAGACUACGUUUACGUAGUGUUAUUAGAUAGUCUCUUUGUACAAUUAUAUAAAUUUAUAGGACUAGUACUUUUAACGAAGUACAUGUUAUUUUCAGGGCUCAUUUUUUUUUUUUUUUUUAUCGAAUUUCACGUUCGUCGAUAAUAUCAAUCAUUGCCAUAGACUGAUAUACCUUAUGAGCGAACUUGAAAUCAGUAUUUUUAUCCCGAUAAAUAUUGCUUUAAAUAAUUGUAACAAGAUUCAAAUACGUACUUAUAUACAUGUGAUAUGACAUUAUUUUUAUACAUACCGUACUAUAAUUAGAGAUUUACCUCGUCGUUUCUUCCACGUAUCGGUGCUGUGUAAUAUAAAAAAAACCAUUCUUCAGAAGAAUAGGUAUCUAUACGAUUUCUUAAGUAGAAAUGUUUCGAUCGAUUUAUGCUCAUAUCAAAACAAUUUUAUUAAAAAAAAAAAAAACCGCGAUUCUGUAUUUAAUUGCCACUUAUGUACAUAAAAAUUGGAAAAAAAAAAGAAAAAAAAGAAUUACGAGUUUGAGAUAUUUUCGGUUCUUUCCUCAUCUGUAUAUAUCGAAUCGAAUCUUAAAUUCGUAAUACGAAGCAAACGAGAGCAGCUUUAUAUAGUCGAUCAAACGAAUUUUCCCAGUUUUGUACUGUGUCAGAAGUGCAAUUUUUUCUAUUCAAGAAUCUAAAAGGUUCAUGUCUUAUACUUAUUAUUUUACAUAAUAGACUUAUUUUUCGUACAAGAUGAUAUAUCGUACGCUUAAGUGAAAUUAAUCGUAUUAUGUACAAGUGCCUAUGUAAUUUAAUUAUAAAUGGAAAAUAUAAAUGCAACAUUUAUCUUGUUGAUACAUCGUGUCUUUUUUUUUUCAUUUUCAAAGAAUUUUUCAUUCACAUUUAACAUUUUCUAUUAUAGAAAAUAACAAUUAUACGACGAUUAUUGUUAUCCUUCUCGUCGUCGUCGUCGUUGUUGUUAUUGUUUAACGAUUAAAAAUGGCAGUGAUCUCGAUAAAUUUACGAAACGCAAUCUCGUUAAUAAAGAAAAAAAAAA